CUUAAAAAUCAUACAAAGCUUUUAUCCACUUUCAGGGUCCUUCCUAAUUCUUCCCCUUCCUUAGUUACUACUUAUCUAUAUUUAACUUUAACAACCAUGGCUAUCCGUAUGCCUCGUAUAAUCAAGAAGUCUUCUUCAGCUGGAGAUGUUCCAAAAGGCCACUUUGCUGUUUAUGUUGGGGAGAAGUAUAAGAAGAGAUUUGUAAUCCCCGUAUCAUUCUUGAGCCAACCUUUAUUUCAAGAUUUGCUUAGUCAAGCUGAGGAAGAAUUUGGAUUUAAUCAUCCAAUGGGUGGUGUCACAAUUCCCUGUAGCGAGGAUGCGUUCAUUGAUCUUACUUCUCGCUUGAGUAGGAUCUGAGUCUUUUCCUUUCACAGUUUUGUAAAGAAUAGGAUUCCAGUUUGUACAAUAGAGAAAUUAGGAAAUGGACAUUAUUUGCACCAUAUUUCUGAAAAUUAGAUAGAGGGGGGCUACUGUCAACUGCAACAGUAGAUCCCAAUUUUGAAUGUAAUUUUCAGUAGCUGAUUGAUGUCUAAAAGAUACA